GUACUAGUGAAAUAGCAGCCUGCUCCUCAAUGUGCUCCGUCGUCCAAAUUCAAGGAAGCAGAUUUUUACAUCAUAAGCUGAAGCUUGGAAAUAAAUUAUGUACGUCAUAACCAGGGUUAAGAAAAUUAAUUAAAUGAAACGAUAUCUAGUCAAUUAAUGGUUUGAUCAAUGGCGUAAAUUAAUAAUAGCGGAACGUUCGUGUUGAAUGUGUUUUCAGAAGGACUUAUUUUUGUGAAACACCGCAGGUUGAAACAUGAAAAUGCGAAGAGGAUGUGAAACAAGACAAGUAGCCUAUAUUUUAUUAGUGUCAGCUCAUAUUUCUUUGUCAUUCGUCUUUAACAUAAAGCUACCAUUCGCUAUGGAUAUAUUUGGCCAUAUGCAGUGAAUAUAAUAUUGGGAAAGUCAACAUUGUCUAAGUGGCAGAGCUGUCAGCCGGUUUACCAGCUUAACCAGUUAACCAGCUGUUUAUUUAUUCUAAAGUUACCAGUUUGUCUGUCUGGUAGAUCAUGGACGAAGCAGACAGCCUGGACGCAGAUCGCGUGAUCCCAAAUAAUCAGGUUGAGGGCCGUUCAUCAAAGAUCCGCAAUUGGUCUGGAUUCUGGCUGCUUGGAUUGUGCAACAACUUUGCCUAUGUGGUGAUGCUGAGUGCAGCCCAUGACAUUCUGACCAAACAGCAGUCGGACAACUCAACAACUCCUACUCCUCCCUCACUGAACGGUGACUUUGAAGUGAGAAAUAGUAGCAACAGCACGCGCUAUGACUGCAACCCUGUGUCUACUGCGGUGGUUCUGUUGGCUGACAUUCUGCCCUCCCUCGUCAUCAAGCUGUCCGCUACGUUCUACAUCCACCACGUGCCCUAUGGGUUCCGAGUGCUGUUCUGCGUCGGCGCCACGGUGACCAGCUUCCUGCUGGUGUCCUUCUCCACCACCAUGUCCAUGAGCAUCCUGGGUGUUGUCUUUGCCAGCAUGGGAUCCGGACUGGGAGAGCUGUCCUUCCUGUCCCUGACUGCCUUCUUCAGCAGUGACGUGCUGGAGGGCUGGGGGUCGGGCACCGGGGGGGCGGGCGUGGCCGGCGCCCUGAUGUACUCUGCGCUGACCCAGGCGGGCCUGUCGCCCCCGGACACGCUGCUCACCAUGCUGCUGGUGCCGGCGGCCAUGCUGCUCAGCUAUUUCUUCCUGCUGGCCUUCCCACCGAUGUUCCCCCAGUGGCGUAGACUACGUGAGGCGGGGCCUAUGGGGAGGGGCGGAGCUGAGGAACGGCGCCGGCUGAUGGACGAAAGGGAGGAAGAGGAGGAGGAGGAGGAGGAAGAGUCUGAGCAACAGGAGAAAGGACCCAGAGAGGACAGAGCCAAUGGACCCCUCUCUUGUACUGAGAAGAUGCGUGCCAUCAAAAUGAUCCUGAAGUUUGUGCUCCCCCUGGGCACGGUUUACUACGCAGAGUACUUCAUCAACCAGGGUCUGCUUGAACUUCUCUACUUCCCAAAAUCAACGAUGACUCACGCUGAACAAUAUCGCUGGUACCAGACCCUGUACCAGGUGGGCGUGCUGGUGUCACGCUCCUCGCUGCGGUGUGUGAAGAUCAGGAAUCUCUGGGCUCUGGCGCUGCUCCAGAUCGUGAACACGGUGUUCCUGCUGUCUGCGGUCUAUUUCCAGUUCCUGCCCGCGCCAUGGCUGGUGUUCAUCAUCGUCCUCUACGAGGGCUUGCUGGGGGGCGCGGCCUACGUCAACACCUUCUACUUCAUCAGCAAGGAGUCAGGGGACCGGGAGAGGGAGUUCGCCAUGGCUGCAGCCAGCGUGGGGGACACCCUGGGCAUCGCCCUGGCCGCGCUCACCGCCUUCCCCGCCCACAGCUACUUCUGCUCCCUGUGACAGAGCCCAGGAGCCACACCCACAGGGGCCACACCCACAGGGGCCACACCCACAGGGGCCACACCCACAGGAGCCACACCCAGCGGGGCCACACCCAGCGGGGCCACACCCACAGGGGCCACACCCACAGGGGCCACACUUAAAGGGGCCACACUUAAAGGGGCCACACUCAGAGCGACCAAAAUGGUGGAUCUCUCUAGCCAGCCCCACACUUCCUGCCAGGCACUGUCUUAUAGCACAGUCCGGUUUACUCCAGUCACUCCUUGGCUGUUUAUUCUAGAAAUGUAUUUUAAAAUGGCCCAGCACAUCCAGCACAUAUCUUUCGAGGGUUGGUCAGUCCAAAUUUCCAAAAAAAACGGUUUUGAGCACGCGAGACUGAGCCUUGCUAUCCCCGCUCAUCAUUCGGUACAUUCUGAACAUGCACAGGGGCUAUCACGGUACGAGGACUUGACCAUGCAUAACAAAGGUGCAUCGUUUCACAUCGCUAACGUGCAAACCAAACGUGAUACAUUUCCUGAACUCGACUCUUAUGCAAAGGUUUAUGCAAACCUUUGCAAUGGCUGCUAAUGGAGAUACGCACGGUUGUGAAUGUGAUAUAUACCCCUAGACUCUAGCCACUUGAUUAUAAAUAUGUGGCCUACUGCAGAAGGCCACGUGUAUAUAUACCGUAUACUUUAGAAUUUAAGGUAUUUAUAUUUAAUAGUGGUGUAGGUUUUGCGGCCUGUGAUGUGCAGUUCAGAUCCAGUAGGAGUUAUGGAUUGGGGGAGGAAACGGCUUCUCAAGACUCAUUUAAUGCAUUUAAUAUAAUAUUAUUAUUUUCCAAAAACAUUCCCUUUUUGUGAUUUAUUUGUAUUUAUAAGGAGGUUCUUGUUCCGCGUACCUAGCAAAGGUUGGACCAAAUUGAACCGAUGCCUCUCCUUGACUCGUCCACAUAGUUUGAGAAUCUGUUGAAAUCACACCAGACAUUCAUGUACGUUAUAUAAUUUUCAUGAAUAUUGUUGUUAGAGGGUUGAAACGUGAAGUGAGCGCGUCAGGAUUCGACCUGAAAUUAAAGCAGCUGUCCACUAGACACUUUCGUUUUGUAUUAUUAUAUUGUUUUACCCUUGAUUCCUAAAUUACUGGUACUUGGUUUGUAAUUGCUCUACAAUGGAUUUUGUAGGGCAAAAUGGUGAAUCGUUGUUAAAUUGUUUAAUCAACACACUUUAUUUGCAGCUGUAGUUGCAAUGUGCAGAUUGCUACUUAAACGAUGUCUUACUCAUAUUAAUUGGCCUCUGCCAACGCUUGGGUGUUAUAGACGCUGUGCUUUUCUGACUAAAUGUUAAAUCAUAUUUACAAUGUCUUAGGUUUAUUCAAUAGGAAAUGUUUCUCCAGGAUUUUCCAGAGAGACAAGCUAAAAAUAGGAUUCAUAACUCCCAGAAUGCUCUCUGGGAGUAGCUGAGAACUAUCUCAUUAAUAUUAAUCAGUAAUUGGUUGCCAGCUAAAGUGCACAACUUUUUUUGCAUCGUCUUUUAAAUCUUCACAAAAUGUUGUUAUUAUGCCACAUGUUGUUGCUAUAACUGUUUUUACUUGACAUAAUACAGCAAAAAGUGUCUAAUAUAUCAUGAAAAUACAAAUGAUAAUAAAAUAGAUUU